CCAAGAUGGCGUCGAAAGUGGGUUCGCGACGGUGGAUGCUGCAGCUGAUCAUGCAGUUAGGUUCGGUGCUGCUCACACGCUGCCCCUUCUGGGGCUGCUUCAGCCAGCUCAUGCUGUACGCUGAGAGGGCGGAGGCGCGCCGGAAGCCUGACAUCCCAGUGCCCUACCUGUACUUCGACAUGGGGGCUGCGGUGCUCUGCGCUAGCUUCAUGUCCUUCGGCGUGAAGCGGCGUUGGUUUGCGCUAGGCGCCGCCCUCCAGUUGGCCAUUAGCACUUACGCCGCCUACAUUGGUGGCUACGUCCACUACGGAGACUGGCUGAAGGUCCGUAUGUACUCGCGCACAGUUGCCAUUAUUGGCGGCUUUCUUGUGCUGGCCAGUGGUGCUGGGGAGCUGUAUCGCCGGAAACCGCGCAGCCGCUCCCUGCAGUCCACCGGCCAGGUGUUCCUGGGCAUCUACCUCAUCUGUGUGGCCUACUCACUGCAGCACAGCAAGGAGGACCGGCUGGCGUAUCUGAACCACCUGCCAGGAGGGGAGCUGAUGAUCCAGCUGUUCUUUGUGCUGUAUGGCGUCCUGGCCCUGGCCUUCCUGUCAGGCUACUAUGUGACUCUGGCUGCCCAGAUCCUGGCUGUGCUGCUGCCCCCCAUCAUGCUGCUUAUUGAUGGCAAUGUUGCCUACUGGCACAGCACACGGCGUGUCGAGUUCUGGAACCAGAUGAAGCUCCUUGGAGAGAGUGUGGGCAUCUUCGGGGCCGCCAUCAUCCUGGCCACCGAUGGCUGA